AUGCCCCAGGUCCAACCUCCUCUCGCCAGAAUACCCCAGGUCCAACCUCCCCUCGCCAGAAUACCCCAGGUCCAACCUCCUCUCGCCAGAAUAGCCCCAGAGCAGCAAUUGCAGACCCCAGGGGACUGCCAGCAGCUCACAACUACUACCACUAUUCCUACAACUACUACCACUAUUCCUACAACUACUACCACUAUUCCUACAACUACUACCACUAUUCCCAGAACUACGACUACCACUCCUACUACUACAACAGUCUGGAGGAAUCCUGGGCUAAAUGCCAUCCCAGACUCACAUGGUAGUCGCUACCGCCCCCCACCUUACCCCAACGACCCACAACACCGUAUCACUAGGCCUGACCCAGUCAGAACUCCACCCCCAAUAAAACACGCACCCUCUCUCCCACAACGUGCCAACCCCAAACUUCUUCUCCCAGACAUUUUAGAGACCCCUUCCUCUGCAGUCCUCACCACAAGAGCUCCGUCCAGCCCUCCCAAGAUCUUCCCACCCACCACAGACCCUCAGGCCGGGGUCAACACUGGCUCUACUCCUCCUCGUUCCCCUCCCCUCUCUCCACACCGUAGUGUGACUGCCCAACGCCCCCCUCAGACCCCUGUCCUGCGUGUCAGGCCCCUUAUCACUCCCCCCCACGUACGCUCCAUGUCUGUCCCAGCUGAGAGUGACGCCCUCCUGCCAUGCGAGGCCAUUGGACAGCCUCCUCCGACAAUCACCUGGAUCAAGGUCUCCACAGGAGCUGUGAUAUCACUGGACACCAAGGCAGAGCGUUUCCAGGUCCUACCCAACGGAACCUUUCUCAUCCGGAGUGUGCAGGUCCAGGACCGGGGGACAUAUAUCUGCAGCGCACAGAACUCUGUGGGUCUUGACCGCGUGAUGGUGACUCUGGAGGUCUGGUCCCGCCCACCACGCAUUCAGUUACCCACUCACAGAGAGGUCACGGUGCACCAGGGGGGAGAGGUGAGGUGGGAGUGUCGGGCUCAGGGGGUGCCUGUCCCUCUGCUGUCCUGGGUGCUACCUGACCGCUCCAUCCUGACCCCCGACCUUAACUCCAACCCUGCCCAUGGCCCUCACCCCCGGGUGUCUAUAUUCCCUAAUGGUACUCUGCGUAUUGUGGCUGUCGGCCCAGCCGACAGAGGACUGUAUCGCUGUGUAGCCUCCAACCCAGCAGGGGCUAGCAGUCUGUCAGUCCGACUCCAUGUCUCCUUCCUGCCUCCAGCCAUCCAGCAGCCGAGAGAGGAGAGGGUAACCCAGCCAGCUGGCAUGCCUGUCUACGCCCACUGCUCUGCCCGGGGGGCCCCCGUUCCCUCCAUCCGCUGGAGGACCCCAGAUGGUACGCUGCUGCUCCCCUCUCAAUUCCUCAACGGGAACCUGUUUGUCCUCCCCAACGCCACCUUGCUGAUACGCAAGCUUUCCACUAAGGACUCUGGGAGCUAUGAGUGCCUGGCGACUAAUGCAGUAGGCGUGGAUAAGAGGACGGUGAGGGUGUUGAUGACUGGAGAUGAAGGAGGAGGUGUUGUCUCCACAGAUAAAACUACAUCCUCCUCUUCCAUUAACAGUAACUCUGACCUGAACCCCUCCUCAGCCGUCCUUAACCCUCCUCUCCGGCCCUCCUCCCCCCUCAGUAAGGCUAAGAUCCUCUCCACCUCUCCAUCCAGUUCUAUAGUUGUAUAUGGAGAAACUCUGCUCCUUCAAUGUUCAGUAACCGGCAACCCAGAGCCUAGAGUGGUCUGGAGGGUACCUGGCAAGAAACUAGUGGAUGCCCACUACAGUUUUGACAAGAGGAUGAAGGUACACAGUAAUGGAACGCUGUAUAUCCAGUCUAUGACAGAGAAAGACGGGGGAGACUAUUUGUGUGUCGCACGAAAUAAAAUGGCUGAUGACUACCGCCUCCUCCGUGUCACCGUGGUCACAAAGCCCGCUAAACCCGCUAAGAUUGAGCCAAAACAGCCAUCCAAUCAGAAGGUGGUAUCGUAUGGAGCAGCUUUAAAGGUAGACUGUCUGGCCACCGGGCAGCCUGACCCCGCAGUGAGAUGGAGCCUACCGGACGGAACCUCAGUGAACAGCGUACUGUUGCAAGGGGACGAGAAAGGGGGACGGAGGAGGCGGCUGGUGGUGUUUGAUAACGGGACUCUGUUCCUCCCGUCAGUGGGGAUGGGGGAGGAGGGGGAGUACGUCUGCCACGCUGAGAACCAGAUGGGGAGAGACUCCAUGAGGGUGAUGAUCAAAGUCCUUACCUCACCCCCUUCCUUCCAAAGAACGAGAUAUGAGGUCAUCAAGGUGCAACAAGGGGGCGUGGUGGCUCUGAACUGUGGGGCCAAAGGAGAGCCCAUCCCUACAGUCACAUGGUUCUCUCCAAUCAAUCGUGUCAUCCCUGUGGGGGGGUCCGGUCCAGUUGUAGUGCGGCCAGAUGGCUCCUUGGUGAUCCAGGGGGCUAGAGGGGCUGACGGAGGAAACUACACCUGCCGAGCCAGCAACGUGGCUGGGGAGAGGAGCAGGAUGAUGGGGGUGGAGGUGAGCGUGACCCCACCCAGCUUCACUCUCAAUGGGACUAGGGGUGGACUCGAUGGGACAGACAGACAUACAGCUGUUGUUAGCAGUAGUGGACUCAGUACUGUGAUCACCAUCAGUCAGUCUGCAGGGAGGGUUCAGUCGGGCAGGACUGGUAAUGGUGUCAUUAAUAAUGAAGUUAGUCAUAAUGGAGUCAGUAAUGUAGGGGACCAGAGGGUCUCAGCAGUAAGAGGCCAGACAGUUAUUUUGCCCUGUCCAUCCCAGGGCUUCCCUCCACCCCGCUUGGCCUGGUUGCUGCCUGGUAACGGGGUUCUCCCGGCGCCUUACUACGGCAGCAGACUCAAUGUGCACCGCAACGGAACCCUGGAGCUGAGGGGGGUGAGGGCAAGCGAUGCUGGCCUGCUGGUGUGUGUUGCUCGCAGUGAGAGGGGCGAGGCUCAGAUAAUGGUACAUCUAGAGGUUUUAGACACACAGGACCCACCUCGCUCCAGAGGCCCAGUGACCACAGGGAAACCUCACCCAGUAGGCCCAGUCAGCACAGAGAAACAUCGUCCAGUAGGCCUAGUCAGCACAGAGAAAUCUCGCCCAGUAGGCCUAGUCAGCACAGAGAAACCUCGCCCAGUAGGCCCAGUCAGCACAGAGAAACCUCUCCCAGUGGGCCCAGUUAACAUAGAGAAACCUCGCUCAGGAUUCACAUUUACAGAGGAGACACCUCACCCCAGAGGCCCAGUCACUACUGAGAAACCUCACUUAGGAGGCCAAGUCAGCACAGAGAAACCUCGCCCAGUAGGCGGGGAUAAGAGGACAGUACCAGGAGUUUCAUUCCGAGGGGAUACACCUCACCCAAGAGGCCCAGUGUCAGAGGCAGCAAGGAGUGUCAUCCCAGAGAGGAAGCCUUUGGUCAUCAGCAGAUCAGCUUCGCUGGUCAGCAUCAUAAGCGGAGAGAAUCUACGGCUACCCUGUCCCCAGACAGACAGCCCCAGUCAGAGUUCCAGCCAGACCCAGUCUCUGACCUGGACGUUGCCCAGCGGGGGGAUCGUGUCUCGGGGCCAGACAGCAGGGACGGGUCAGUACUCAAUCCUGGAUGACGGGACUCUGACUGUGCAGCAGGCGUCUGUGUUCGACAGGGGGACCUACUCCUGCCGAUCCACCAAUCAGGACACCUUGUCUAUCCUAACAGUUCCAGUGAUUGUCAUCGCCUACCCCCCUCGCAUCACCAACGGCCCCCCUCCCCUGACCUACACCCGGCCCGGAGUUGCUGUGCAGCUCACCUGCUACGUCAUAGCAACCCCCCGAGCGACCAUCACCUGGGAGAUGCCGGACCAAUCCCAGCUAAGGGUCACAGGUCAGGCCCGUCUCUAUGGCAACCGGUACCUGAGCCCCCAGGGUUCCCUAGUGAUCCAGAACCCGACCAGCAGAGACACUGGGUUCUACCGCUGUACUGCACGGAACGCCAUUGGAACCGACACCAAGGCCACUUAUCUACAUGUGAUCUAACAGAACACACACACAGUGAGACCUGGUCCUGCUU